CGGGGCACCAUAUUGAACCAGUGAAGCGAUGUUUUGUUACACACCGCACCGCUUUUGUUUCAAUUUACUUUGACAGUUUACUUUAAGUCCGUUUUUUCCACAACUGGAACAAAAAGACAGCUGAAUUGGUCCUCUCUCGGUCACGAUGAAGCUAACGGACAUUAAAAAGUUAAAAGUGGUCGAGCUGCGGUCCAGACUUGAAGAACUCGGGUUGGACAACAAGGGGCUGAAGGCUGAGCUGCUGGGGCGGCUGUGGUCCGCGUUGGAGGCGACACACGGCGACGAAGAGGUGCAACGACACGCGGACCGCUCACUGACACCUACAGCACCGGAGGAGUCAAUGGACGACCGGUCCUCCUCGCCCCCGAGAGGAGCUGGUGUUACGGAGCGAUGCAAACCCGACUGCACAGACAGCGCCACGCAGACGGAGACUGGCGGCAGUCUGCAGUCACAGCAGCUCGACCCGGAGAGCGUUUCAGAGGCGGCGCCGGAGGACCGAGCGGGGGGGAGAGAUGCUGAAAUGCAGCAGGGAGGUGCGGGCGAUCCCGGGGAGGAUAGGGGGGCUCGGGCAUCACAGGAGAUGGGCAGAGGAAGAGCUUUCUACGAGUUCAAAGAGGAGACUCGAUACAAAAGAACCAAAUCAACACAACCUCCAGGGGACAGAGAGGAGCCGGAGAAGGAAGAUGUAGAUAAAGUCAGACUAGAUUCACAUGACAGUCACCUGCACUUUGAGGUGGGUCCUGAUGGCGCAUGUGGCAAGCCGCGGUUCUGGGCCCGAUUCCCCUCGCUGUGGUCAGGAUGCAGGCUCACCCACGGGGUGCUGCAGGGCAAGGUGGGCUUUGAAGUGAGGCUGGAGAGGAAGUUGGUAACUACACAGAUGGAGGAACAAGAAGACACAGAUCCUUGUGGCCUGAGAGUGGGCUGGUCUCUGGCCAACACCUCUCUACUGCUGGGUGAAGAUGACCUUUCUUUUGCUUAUGAUGGGCACUGCAAGAAAGUGUCAGGUGGGAAGGAGGAAGCGUUUGGAGAACUCCUCUCAGAGGGAGAUAUCAUUGGUUGUUAUGCUUCAUUCUCCACAGACGGGGCUGUUGAACUCUCUUUCCAUAAGAACGGUCGUGUCAUGGGUGAGGCCUUUUCCCUGGAGGCCUCUGAGCUGCUGUGUCGCCCUCUGUUUCCUCACGUCCUCUGUAAGAGCUGUUCAGUCCGAGUUCUCCUGGACCCCACAGCUCCUCCCUGGUACCCUGGUCCUCCCGGGUUCACACCGCUGGCAGCUCUCUCUGCUCGGCAGAGGGUGCGCACCACAUUGCCUCCUACCUCCAGAGCACAGUGUAAAGUGUUGUUGAUGGUUGGUCUUCCUGGGUCUGGGAAGAGUCACUGGGCCAGAACUCACAUGAACCAGCACCCUGAGGAGCAGUACAAGCUGCUGGGCACUGAGGAGCUGCUCGCAUGUAUGAUUAGUGAUGGACAGAAGAUCCACAGGCUGCAGCAGGCCUCUCAGUGUCUCACUGAUUUGAUCAAGGUGGCUGCUCAGACGCCUGGCAACUACAUCCUCGACCAGUGCAACAUCCUCUUCUCUGCACGGCGUUACAAGCUGCAGCUGUUCACAGGCUUCAGGCGCCAGGUGGUGGUGGUAUUUCCCUCACCGGACGAGUGGAAAAGACGACUGUCUCGGCACCAGAUGAGCAACGGGGAGCAGAUCCCUGAGACCGCCCUGCUCAAACUCCAAGUGAGCUGCAGUCUUCCAGAGCAGCACAGCAACCUGCUGGAGGAGCUUCAGUACGUAGAGCUGCCUCAGGAGCAGGCACGGACACUCCUGCAGGAGUACAGGGAUGAGGCUCGCCGACUGCUGCCCCCCAUCCCCGAACAGAAGAAGAAAACCCGACAUUACAUGAAAAGACCCCACCAUCACGGCCCUCCACCCUCACACAGGAGCCGGACUGGACUUCAUGGGGGGAACGACACAAGACUCAACAUGCAGCCAUGGAGGCAGCAGCCAAGAUAUUGGAGUGUGUCUCAUCGGGAUCCGGGCUGCGACUACAGAGACGUUGGAUACGGCAGAUAUGAAGGUUACUGGUGAAGAAACAGAUGCCGCUGCACAUCUGUUCUGAUAAUCGUUCUACUGAUGUCAUUUGCUAAACUACAUCAGCAAGAAAUAUUAUUAAAAGAAUACAGCAUGUUGCUUUGACCGAUCAAAGAUAAUCAGUGUUGUAUCACUUUAAAGGAUUUUUAUUAAAAAUAGUUUAUUAAUUCAAUCAUGUUUUUACUGUGCAAUUUACAAAUCAUGAAAAUACACAGUAUUUUGUGAACACCAGUUGAGAGUUUUCAAAGUCAGAGUAAGAAAUUCCUCAAGUCUUCAUGUUUCAAGAAAUUUCUCCCUGGGGAUGAAUAAAGUAAUAUCUAAUCUAAA